AUGUUAAGUUUAUACAUUUCCCUUGUCUUUCUUCCAUAUCUAUCUAUCUAUCUAUCUAUCUAUCUAUCUAUCUAUCUAUCUAUCUAUCUAUCUCUUUCUCCGGACGGCUUUAUUGAGCGAGCUAGUUUAAUUUCUUAUAUGGAUAGCUUGAGCCGAUCUGAUUUAAUUCUUUUCUGUUCCAUCAUAUACAAUUUCUAUCUAUCUAUCUAUCUAUCUAUCUAUCUAUCUAUCUAUCUAUCUAUCUAUCUAUCUAGUUCAUUAUCUAUCUAUCUAUCUAUCUAUCUAUCUAUCAGCUACAUAGCUUUCAUCCUAUUCCUUUCUUUACAUUAUUUCUCUCUCUCUCUCUCUCUCUCUCUCUCUCUCUCUCUCUCUCUCUCUAUCUAUCUAUCUAUCUAUCUAUCUAUGAAUUUGUUUAUUCUUUCUUUUUAUUUCUAUCUAUCUAUCUAUCUAUCUAUUGGUUGGUUCUGA